AUGUUGUGCGUCGCCGACCGGAUCCUCCUGUCCGACGCCAGCAGCUGCGCGACGUACAGCCUCGCCUGCUCGGGGGACCUCACGGGCGCCACGUGCGCCAGGAACGUCGACCUGCUGUCCACGAUGGGCUCCGACAGCGUCCACGGCGGGGUGGGCAGCGACGCCAGGUCCAGCUCCGGCUCGCCCCCCGGCCACAACCUCCUCCUCAUACCGCCGCGAGAACUCCUCGACAGAGUCAAAAAGGCACACGACCCCGGGUUGGAACGCAAUCCCCAGCGCAUCCACGAACAGCGCGAGGUCCCUGGCCCCGGCGCCCUUCCUGCCCCCGGAGCUGUGGUGCGUGCCCAGCACCUCGGGCGGCGCCUCCUCCGGGUAGGAGGGCGGGAACCGCAGCCGCAGCGACGACGCGCCCCCGGGCAGGUUGAGGACGUACUCGGACGUCGAGUCCUCCGAGGCGGGGGAGAGCGUCCCCUCGCCGUAGAUGGAGUUGAUGGCCUCUACCUCAUCCUGGAGCUCUUCUGA